AUGUCAUCUUUAACAACUUCUCUUUCAAAACUUUGGGAACUCAAAAAACAACAACUCCAAAAAAAUGCUGAGGCAUUCGUUUCCUUUAAAAAUACCAUCUCACAAAGUUAUGAAAAUGCUUCUUCUUCUUCUUCUUCUUCUUCUUCUUCUUCUUCUUCACCUUUGGCUAAAGUCCAAUUUCUUCUUGACGAAAUCCAAUCUGAAAGAUUCCCUCGUUGGGACCCAUCAAAGGGACUACUUUCAGAACAAGAAAUUACUGACUUGGAACUUCAAACUUUGACCAUUGAUAGUGCCUUUUUUUUUAAUAAUAAUAAUAAUAAUAAUAAUAAUAAUAAUAAUAAUAAUAAUAAUAAUAAUAAUUCUAAUCAAACAGAUUUCUUAAAAAAUGAUGCAAACUCCGUGACUUUGGCAAUUGAUAAAGCAUUGACUAUCGAAAACAACAAGUACACUUUUGCACAAUUUUUUUUUAAUCUUUUCGACCAGGAAAUGGAAGCACAAGCUAAAGCUUCAACUCAAAAAUUACCACAAGUUAUUAUUCCACGAGAUGAAAUGAAGAUACAAGUCAAGGAGUUUGAAGACCUUGCAUUUAUAAAAAAAGAUGAUAACGAUAACGAUAAUGAUGAUGUUGACGAAAAAAAAGUAACAGCUUUUCUUCAACAUCUUUUUGUUGAUUCUGAAGAACAACUUAAAGAAUUCCGCAAAACUAUUGGUGUUUUUUCCACUACAAGCCUUAAAGCUGAUAAAAAUUGCAUUACUUUUGAAGAAAUUAAAGAUACAAUUCGUCUUUAUCGUAACAGUGGACUUUUAAGCAACAAAGAAACUGCAAUACUCGAUAAUUUUAUUGGAAAUAAUGCCGUCAUUGAAGAAAUUGUUUUUUACGUCCAAAUGAAACUGGCCUCAAUUAGUUCUUUCCAAUGGGAUUCUCCAGUUCCAGCUUCUCCUAUCCGCCAACUCAAUGGCCAUUACCGUAUCGUCAUGCAUACCGAUCUUUUGGAUGGUAUCUUUUUUACUUAUAUUGGGAAGAUUUGGACACGAGCCUUUUCAGAUUGUAUCAAUACUGUUUUCUUUUCCCCAGCUUGGUCUCGUCCUUAUUACAGUGUUUUUUCCCCUAAUGAAAAAAGUACAAGGAUGCAAGCUUUUGGUGAAUCAAUUUUGGAUUCAAAAACUUAUUUCAACCCAAAGUAUCUUAAUAAAUUACUGGAACUAGACGACCCUGCUACAAUCAAUUCAUUCCGCAUGAAAACUCAGUCUUUAUUUUUCCAUUCUCAACUUGAUACUAUUAACAACAACAAGUCUGGCUAUGAUGAUGUUGAUGAUGAUGACGAAGAUGCAGUCAAUGACGAGAAGGAUAAUAAUUCUAAAUCACCAUUUGAACUUAAACAAGACUUACUUUCAUUGGCCAUUGCUGAAUUAGAGCUUUCUUUUGUUCUUAAACGGAACCAUGCUAUUGUGCGUACUGAUUAUAAAUCAUUUGGUGCCAGCAUUUCUCACAAAACAAUCAAUGCCAUUCUCAAAUUUUUUAAUGUCUCUCCAACUUGGCUUGACUUUUUCCAAAAGUUUCUAAAGGCACCUUUGAAUAUCAUAGUUCCUGGUGAAGACGACCCAAACCCCACUCGUACUCGUAUUCGUGGUGUCCCCAUUUCUUUUGCUCUCAGUAAACUUUUUAGUGAGGCACUACUUUUCAUUCUUGAUUUCCAUGUCAAUAAAAUAAGUAAAGGUUCAGUGUUUUUAUACCGCAUGCAUGAUGAUAUUUGGUUUUGGUCAGACAGCAAAAGCCAAUGUGAAUUCAUUUGGACAUCCAUCAACAAGUUUAAUAACAUAAUGGGACUUGAGUUUAAUUUGGAAAAAACAGGAUCUCUUGCUCUUAGUGCUGAACGCCAACCUUUUACUUCAACUACAUUACCAGAUGGUGUUGUUAAAUGGGGACUUCUUUAUCUUGAUAAUAAUGGGAAAUUUAAAAUUGACCAAGAGGCUGUUGACAAACAGAUUGUGGAAAUGAAAUUCCAGCUUUCCAAUAUACCUUCUUUACUAUCAUGGGUCCGUGCUUACAACACGUACGUGACCAAGUUUUUGACUUCCAACUUUGGCAACCCCUUGAAAAGUUUGGGUAUUGACCAUGUUUACGACAUUAUUGCGACAUUACAACGGGUGCACAAGGAAUUGUUUAAGGAACAAAAUGGUGAUAUUUCUCUUUACUUUUUACAAGAAGUACAGAAGCUUGGGAACAAUACAACAUUCAAUGUCAAUGUGAAACAAAAUAAUAAUGAAGAAGAAUUUUCCAAAUCAUUUUUAAGUUGGAUUUUCCUUCCUCUUAAAUUUGGAGGGCCUGGAUUAAUGAAUCCACUUUUUUAUUAUUCGUCUAUUGUUGCUCAGUACAGAUUUGAGGCCAAGAAAAGAGAAGCAGAAUCUGGUAAUCAGGACCAAGAAUAUCAUGAAGGAUUUUACGAGAUUGUUGAUCAAGACUAUAAAAAGUACAAAAAAAUUAAAGAAGCUUGGAUUAAUGUGGGAGUAUUGAAAAAAAAAAUGAAAAAAGAUUAUUCAAAUCAAAAUUAUGAUCCUGAGAAUUAUCCUUCAGUCAAUCAAUAUUUGGCAGAUGGACGAAUGGCCGAGGCAAUUUCUCGGCGUUGGGCACUCAAAUUUAAAGCUCAGUUUUUAUCAUUUGAGCCUGCGGUACUACAAAUCCCAGAGAAAGAGAUUAGACAAGCUAUUAAAGAGAUUGUAGAGAUGGGAGGAGGAGGAAAUUAUUCAGAAAAACAACAACAACAACAACAACAACCAUCACAAAAGGUGCUUGUAAAUUUUAGUGUUGUGGGAAAAGUGUGUGGAGCUGAUAUGAUGAGAACUUGGGGGGGUAUGCAAUCAGUUUGGCCACAAUGUUUACCUCUUGGAGUGAUUGAUUUAUGGAGCAAACAAAAACAUAUGUGGAUAUAA